UGCCGCUGUUGCAGGCCAACACGCUUACUGAAGCUCAGAUUAAAUCUCCUGAAAUGGCUCAUCUGGGACUUAGUCUGGAUGAAGACAAGCUGAGUUGCUCCAUCUGUCUGGACCUGCUGAAGGAUCCGGUCACCAUUCCCUGUGGACACAGCUACUGCAUGGGCUGCAUUAAAAAUCACUGGAAUGCGGAGGAUCCAAAGAGCAUUUACAGCUGCCCUCAGUGCAGAAAGGCCUUCAUACCGAAGCCGAUCCUGGGGAAAAACACCAUGUUGUCAGAGCUGGUGGAGGAGAUGAAAAAGAGUGGUCUUCAAACUGCUCCUCAGCCUCAGAGCUUUGCUAGACCUGGAGAUGUGGCCUGUGAUUUCUGCACAGGAGUAAAGCUGAAAGCCACCAAGUCCUGUCUCCAGUGUCUGGCCUCCUACUGCCAGCUCCACCUGCAGCCUCACUACGACUCGCCCACUUUCCAGACACACAAGCUGGUCGAAGUCUCGGCAAAAAUCCAGGAGAACAUUUGCCCCCGUCACAACAAGGUGAAGGAAAUUUUCUGCCGCAGUGACCAGCAGUCCAUCUGCUAUCUUUGCUCCAUGGAGGCACAUAAAGGCCACGACACCGUCUCUGCAGCAGCAGAACGGGCCAACAGGCAGAGGGAGCUUGGCCCGAGUCGGCUAAAGAUCCAGCAGAGAAUCCAGGACAGAGAGAAGGAUGUGAAGCUGCUGCAGACAGAGGUGGAGAACAUUAACAGCUCUGUUGAUGAAGCAGCGAGGGAAAGCCAGACCACUUUCAGUCAUCUCAUCCAGCUCCUGGAGAAAAGAAGCUCUGAGGUUCAGCAGCAGAUCCAGUCCCAGCAGGAGACUGAAAUGGGUCGGGUCCAAGAGCUUCAGGACAAGCUGCAGCAGGAGAUCACCGAGCUGAGGAAGAAAGAUGCAGAGCUGGAGCAGCUCUCACGCUCAGAGGACCACUGCCAGUUUCUGCUGAGGUUCCCCUCGCUGUCGGCCCUCAGCCCGACCACAGACACAGUCAGCAACAAGGUCCGACCUCUGAGAUACUUCGAGGAGCUGAUGACGGCUGUGUCAGAACUCACAGAAAACCUGCAGGACAUCCUGAGCCAGGACUGGACCCAAGUCUCAGAGGCUGAACUGGAUGCUUUACUCUCACCAACAGAACCAGAGCCCAGACCAUCACUACUGGCAGAACCAGAGCCCAGACCAUCACUACGGGCAGAACCAGAGCCCAGACCAUCACUACAGGCAGAACCAGAGCCCAGAUCCUCACCACAUCCUUCACUGACACGGGCAGAAUCAGAGCACAAACCAUUACCCCGUCCGUCACUGACACGGGCUGAAUCAGAGCACAAACCAUUACCCCGUCCGUCACUGACACGGGCUGAAUCAGAGCACAAACCAUUACCCCGUCCGUCACUGACACGGGCUGAAUCAGAGCCCAUAACAUCGCCGCGGGCUUUGCUAACACGGGCUGAAUCCAAGGUACCAGAAGAACCAGUUUACCUGACACCAGAUGAAGCUGAGACUUUACAACCACAACCAAUUUACAUGACAGUGGAGGAGUCCGGGGUUCUUCCAUCACAACCAGUUUAUCAUAACUCACAACAAUCUGGGAGUGCGUCUCCACCAGUUUCCCUGACCCCUGAUGAGUGCAAGGCCCGAGUAGCUUUCCUGCAGUAUUCCUGUCAAAUCACGCUGGAUCCAAACACGGUGAACAGGCUGCUGGUCUUGUCCGGAGACAACCGGAGAGUGAGCCGGGCCAAGAGGAGGCAGUGGUACUUCAACCAUCCUGACAGAUUCAGCGACCGCCUUCAGGUUCUGAGCAGAGAAAGUCUGACGGGGCGCUGCUACUGGGAAGUGGAGUGGACCGGGAUCGUCUCCAUUGCCGUCACUUACAAGAAUAUCAGCAGAACGGGAAUGAUCAGUGGAUUUGGAGACAACAACAAGUCGUGGGCGUUAUAUUGUCACAACAAUAAAUUCAUCCACAACGGCGUGAGCACGGUUCUAUCGGGUCCUCAGUCCUCCAGGGUAGGGGUGUACCUGGACCACCGGGGAGGUGUUCUGUCCUUCUACAGUGUCUCUGAAACCAUGACGCUCCUCCAAAUGAUCCAGACCACAUUCACUCAGCCCUUACACGUUGGACUGUGUGUUGGUUCAGGAUCAGCAGAGUUACUUCAGCUUCUGUAGACACAAGAGUCCACCUGAGUCCAGACCUGCUCCAGAGACUCUGGUAUUUGACGUCAACAUGAACGUCUAAACUCUAUGAAGUUUUAGGACCCCAUCUUCAUGGAUUUUGACUUUUGUUCCCCUAUUGGACCGAGUUCUGAGUAGUCUGGAGACCGGACCAACUCCGAGUCUUUGUCAACAAACUGGUCCUGAGCCGAUCUCAGUGGUGGACAUCCCACGAGUAUCACUCUGUUUCCAUGAAGGAAUCCAAAGUUUCUGUCACUUCGCACAACAUCCUGCCAGCAUCUUUUCUCCAGAUAGAGUCUGGAGUCAGACUGCUGUGUAGAUCUAAACCUUCUAGAUUGAGAUCUGGAGUCUUUAGAUCUAAAUUUUCUUCUUUUAGUGGAUAAAUCCGGUUUAACCGUCUGUGGUUGGUCCUGCUGACCAACUUCCUGUUUGUAAAAACCCGAAUCAUGAUGUAAACCUUGAUUAUUAAUACUGACAAGGGUAGUAGGGUUGAAAUGAUUAUUUACACUUACUGAAACGUAGAAAUAGCUGGUGAUUGUUAACAUGUGAAAAACAUGUAGAUUGUUUUACUGCUACUAAUAAUAAAAAAUGAUCGUUCUGCAUCAGUCACUGCUCAGUCAGAAAGUUGUUCAUUAAUGGGAUUGUUAGUGUGGUGUUGAGGGUUCUGGUGGAAAACACGUCUUGUCUAAAAGACACAAAGUUGAUGUUCUGACAGGUUGGGACCAAAACCAGGCAAAAUCGGUGGACGGGCAUUACCCAUCAAGAAUCAGAAGCAAAGGUUGGUGCUGCUCUCUCAGAUCAACUAAGAGAUCAAGCCUGAGGAUGCUACAAGUCAGAGAUCCAGCACUGAUCCAGAAAAGAUCUAAAUGAUCAAUAUUGUUGCUUGAGUUACUCCUCUGUGUAAAAAAAAACUGUUUCCAUUCAAUGUGGAUGUUUCCGUCUAGAAGAACUGAA